CGAUGGAUCCGCUACUCAUCACCCAAUGAUUCCAUCACCCCGCGCUCCACCGUGGCCAACACAAUGGCGUCGUCACAGCCAAUUAAAACGCGCCAUGUCCCCACACUCACAGUCACCGGCGGGAGAGUGAACAAAGCUUGCAAAACACGAUUCUCUGAUUUCAUUUUUUCUCACUACAAAACCACACUCACUCUCCUCCUCUCGCCUCUUUCCUUCUUUCUUUCUCCCAUUCUCCUAAAUUCCUCCAAAAACCCUAACACUCUCUCAUUCUCAGUUUUUCUCAAUCUUAUGAUUAAUGGAAGACCACGCGCAUGCUGCACUACCUCCCGGUUACCGGUUCUACCCUUCCGAAGAGGUUCUCGUCGGUUACUACUUAACCAAGAAGAACGAGAACCGGGAGGAGGGUUUCUACGGUUCUGAUUUGAUCAAAGAACUUGACCUCUACGAUCACGAUCCCUUCGAAUUACCGGACGCUGCUGCUUGCUUUUCGUACGGUUACAAAGGGAGGAAGAAGCAUUGGUUCUGUUACGCUAAAGAGACCAAACGCAGAAACAGAAGAAAGGUGAAAAGCGGGUUCUGGCUCCGGAAGGGAAAGGUUCGGGAUAUUUCCGACCACAACGGCGACGACGUCGUUUUGGGCACGAGGACGCGUUUCGUUUUCUACGUCGGCAAUUCCCUGAAAAACGCUGCCAGAACCGAUUGGAUUUUGUACGAAUACGCAUUGGUUGACCGCUUUCUGGCUUCGUUUGUGCUUUGUCGUGUGGUGAAUAAGCCUCCUCAUAAGAAUAGUCCGUCGGAGAUCGGUCUGAGUUGUUGUGCUGAGGAGAGUGUUGUGGCGGUGGUGCGUCAGGUUGGUGUUCAGUGUGAUGGAUGUGCCGAAAGUGAUGUUGUUGAAGCUAAGGUGUGUGAUGAAGGCUUUGUUAAUAGAGAGAAUGAGAUUGCUGAGAAUCCAAUUAGUGGUGAACAUGGUGAUCCAGCUGCACCUGUUUCAGUUGCUCAGGGAAGUCAGCCGUUGUCAAUUGCAAACUUCUGCAUCAGCAAUUGCCUGAAAAAUUUAUUCAGAAUUAGGGUCAUCAAUACAGGGAAUCAGUCAAAAUGUUUGUUGCAAGUACUUUUUUCUUUUAAAUUUGGAAAGUUUUGAACUCAUUCAGGUUCAGGAAAGGCUUUCUAAACUUCCCAGUGGCAGUGCAUUGUUCGUAGGAGCUAUGACAUCUCAGCAACUUAUGCUUUCCAUUCUAGAGGAGGAUUUCAUAGAAUUGGAUGAUAUUGCAUGAAUUGAUUGGUUUUAAGAGAUUUUGUGAAUUCUAAUACUGCUCUGAGGAGUAAUUAUCACCUGAAACAAUUGUAUUCAGAAUGGAUUAUUGACCCAGCUAAAGGGGAGAAAGAUUUAUGAUAAUGAGUAGCUAUUAUUCCACUCAAACGAAGAAACAUACUGUCGAAUGGGGUUGAGGCAAAUGUCAUGAAAUGAUCACUUCGCAUGUUAAGAUUUUCUCCUGUGCCUACUGCAGGGCAAUUGGCUCCAGAGGGAUAGAGUUAGAGUUAGAUAUUGGUAUUGGUAAUUGGAAUAUGCGAUUUACUCUAGUAUGCUAUGAGCAACUUCACCGUACUUCAUGCUUUCAUUGUUCCCUUGAUCGACCUGUUCCUAUUUAAAUUUAAUUAGCAUUCCUGGGAUCAUCUGAAUUUCCUAUCUGCACCUUAGUAGCAAGACCUAUUUGUUACUGUCUGUGCUACUUUCUUUUUCCUAUAUUGUUCAAGAGGAGAAUCAGAUGAAUUCCAAAUUGUAAGUGUUCCAACAUAAUGAUAGUUUAUGAAUUGACUUAACCUUUAUACUUUUGAGGUUAUGCUGACUAA